AUGACGGAUCUCUACAGCAAUCUAUCUUUAGGACCUGCCGGAUUAACCACCCGCAUACUGUGUAUUUCCCCAGGCAGUUUGGAGGAUCCCAUACGAUGCCGACUCGUCGUGAAGCAGGUGAUGGGCGUGAGCAGCUUCGAAGCUCUCUCGUACACCUGGAGCGAAGACGAUCAACCCAGCAUCCGAGACCGCGUCAUCACAGUCAACAGAAGUCCAUGCUAUGUAACCUCAAACCUGGAGGCUGCACUGCGACGCCUGCGUCAACCUAAGGCGCGACGCAGGAUCUGGGUCGACGCUAUCUGCAUCAAUCAGGCUGACAUGGACGAGAGAUCUUCGCAAGUCAUGCAAAUGGGCCAGAUCUACAGGAAUGCCGACCGUGUCAUCAUAUGGCUGGGUGAGGGAGAUCGGAGCACUGAUCUUGCCAUGAGCUCUACUACCAUGGCCGCAAACCUAGAUUCGAGAUGCCUGGUUUCAUCUGCGCAGAGUGCGCGGUGCAUUGCGAAUGUGAUGGCUGCCGAAAGACCCGAAACAGCAUUCACGAUGGACUCCAUGAUUUAG